AUGACUAUUCUCAUCUUCACUUUCAGAUACAGCGAGGAUGAAUUGAUCGAGGAGACGUUCAAGGACAUGGUGGAUCCGCAGGAGUUCGAAAAACUGGUGAUUCUGGCUCCACUGAACGAUUUGGUGGACGAUCUGAACGGACGAAUUCUGCGCACCUUGCAUGGAAGUGAGACUUUGCUGAUUGGAUGAAGUGAGGCUUGGGACAAAACCGGAAGAUAUCUCUUCUCGAAAAAGUACACCGAAGUCAGGACUUCUCACAUUCCGGCUGAAAGAAUAUACUUUGCGAUGUCGAGUACUGACUGGUCUCCGCAAAGGACAGGAAGUGUGCAUCCGGGCAAUCUUACUGGACACCGAACCAAUGACCGAUAAUGACGACAACUACAACGUCCGCUCACAGAAGUUCUAUUUCUGGGAAGGAAAGCGAUUCUUCUUCGAUUAUAUCGGACUCUACGGUAUGAAGUACGCCAGGCACCAUGGCCAGGAAUACACGGCAAACUCGCGAUGCCGUCCUGAAGGUGUACUCCUGGAGUGUGUGGACGAAACGGCAAUCAUCUUUUUUUAAAAUUUUUCUGUAACUCCGCUCACUCUGUUCAUUUUCACCUGUAAAUUGCGAAUGUAUUUAAUAAAAGUCUAUUUAUGAGUGAGAUUGUCGAUUUUUCAUAAUUUUAGAGCGGUUUUCACUCCAAAAACGAUAUUUUGUUUGAGAAAAAUUCGAAAUAAACAGCGUGCAAGCGUCAACAUUGGAGCAUCGUAAGUUCGCUUCUAUUUGUUCACAUUUUUCACAAUAAGUUCUCAAUUUCUUCUGCGUCACAAUUUCAGAUGAAUACGAACCCGCGAUCAGUGCUCCGGCCGGAUGAAAUGAUCACCUCGAACCACGCGCAAAUAUUCCCGGGGCUCGGGGCAAGAAGGCGCUGUCAGCCGUCCACCUCACAGGAACCGCCGCCAAAUGUCGAAACUCAAUCGAUAUUCCGAGUUGAGGAUGUUUUACGGCUCUGUCGAGAUGUGAACCGAGCAUCGUCGAGCCAACCCCCGUAUCAGCCACAGCCCUAUCCGCCGGAGAGUUUGUUUUUUGCGCCGGAGCAGGGACAAGUUGCGUUCAACUUGGAGCAGCCGUUUCCGGAACUGCUGAAAGAGCCAGAAUUCGAGCCAGAAGAGUAUUUACGCCAUCGUUUAAUCAGAAAGCUGUAAUUUAUUAAUUCAGAGUCACCGAGGAAUCUAAAAAUCGAGAAAAUCGCAGAAAAAAGCGUUCGGGAGGAAAUCAGAAGCCACUGUCUCAAAAAGUGUUGGAUAAAGUGAUAGCUCAAAUGGACGAAUUGGCGGAUGACAUUCGUCAAAAUCGAAGUUCUUCUGGAGUGAUUCUGCCGAGAGACGAGUUCAAAAAUCGUUUGCUCGCCAAAGAAACGGUCAAAUUUUACGACGAUAAAUAUCACGGAUACGUGAUUGUGAAUGAGGAAAGAAGCGAAAAAGAGCAGCUGGAAAUCGCGCGAUCCAAUUACGAAAUCCUCAAAUUCGUCUAUUCACGACAGUUUGGAGAUUUGGACUGGAGCCCGAUCGAGAUGGAAAUUCUGCAUAAAAUCGACGAAUUCAUUCUUUUCCACAAUGAAAGUGCUUUCCGCGACGGAGCUCUUUCGGUUAUUAUCGAUUUCGACGUCUUCCCGCCUGGGUUGUCGUGGCGGAAUCUGAACUUGAACAACCAAGACGAUACCGUUCUUCUAAGGCCCGUAGUUGUGGGUAUGAACUCUUCCGCAAAGAAAUUGUCCAACAGAUUCCCUUUUCAGAUGGCGUUGCAGUCCAGUACGCCGCCAGUGGCAGUACAUUCCGUCCGUUCAGGGGCCGACAGGUCCUACAACCGCCUUGGAGACGGAAUUUGCACAAUCAGGCGCUGAAUCUCUCCGUUAAACCGAUCUUCGAUAUUGUGAUGGGAUUUCUGAUCCGAGGCCACAAAAUUACCGUUUUCCUGCCAGACCAUUACAAAAACCCGGUCACCAGAGGCGGAAUUUCAAAAGUGGACGACCUCGUGGCUUUCCGAAAGCUUGUCGAUCUGAAAUUCAUUGAAUUCCGAGGGAUCAAAGACAAGGGAAUAUGGUUCAGAGUGAUGGCCGAUAUGGCUGAUAAGGUUCGUCUUUUCUCGCUGAUCGCACUUUUAAAAUUGUUGGUUUUCCAGAGAGAAGCUGUGUUUGUGUCCUCACAAGACUACAGCAAACGUAACGACAAGUGUGAAUACCUGAAGCCGUCGGAGAGAAUUCUGACGCCCUGUUUCUUGAAUACAGAAGAUCGGGUGAUGGUUUUGCAGCCGAAUAUUCGGGUGAAAAUGAAGAAUAACAAGUACAGGAUUAUAUCGCCCAAGGAGGUCGAUUUCCGCAUCAGAGCGCAAUUCAAAAACAUUCUAAAUUUUCAGAUCUUGUGUGCCAAUCCGAAUAAAGCGCAAGAAAUGCUCGGCCACCAACUGUAUUUAGACCAACAAAUUCAGUUAAUUUGCGAGCUCUGUCAAUUGUAUCCGAUGAAAUCGCUGCACAAAGUGAGCAUCAAGCAGCUCCUCAUGCUCGUCGUCCGCGCCGAAUCCGCAUUCGGAAUGCCGUUCAUGGAUUCGGGUCGAUUUGAAAGUUUGAUGAGAAUGUUUGGAAACGAAGAGGGCGAAGGAAUCGAGUAA